AUGUCCCACACACACCUGAAUCUCUCUUCGGAUACAAAUCCCCCCCAGCCCCUCGGCGGGGGUCUCCGGCAGGUGCCCGGGAGUGCGAAGGCUCGUGGGCUGCCGGCCCGGCAGGAGAUUGCCGGGAGGUGCCAACUUGGCACCUCGGAGGAGGCGGAUCAAAGGGCGGGCGAGGCGAGGGAGGCCCUUGGCGCCCGGGCGUGUGGAAGGCUUUCCCAGGGUCGUAAACUGGGGGAGGAGGAGGAGGAGAGCCAAGGAACCCCCCCCAUGCUGAAGCCCCUAGUGGAGAAACGGCGGAGGGACCGCAUCAAUAGGAGCCUAGAAGAACUUCGCCUCCUCCUCCUGCAGAGAACCCACCGCCAGACUCUGAAGAACCCCAAAGUGGAGAAAGCGGAGAUCCUGGAGAUCGCCGUAGGAUACCUGCGAGAGAUGAAUUCCGCUAAACCCCAGGGUACAGCUGACCAGCGCGGCGCUGACCUCCCGGAAGACAGGACCCUGCAGGCCUGCUACAUGAUGGGAUUCCGGGAAUGUCUCCUAGGCCUGGCGGCUUUCAUCCAGCAAGCCCAUCCCUCCGUCCAGAGCCACCUGCUCGACACCUUGCACCUGUACCUCGCUUCCAAGCCAGAGCCCCGCGGCCACGACUGGAGCUGCGGGCCUCUCUCUCCUAACUCUUCCUUGGGGGAGACGCCUCCGAGGACCCCGGAAGCCUUCUGCUCCCCCGUGAAGCAGACCGACGAACCGUUGCGCAGCACGGACCCGCCUUGCUCCAGCGGGGGACGACUCGGGAGUCAGCAGAGACACACCCACCCGGGCGCCGCCUCUCCCAAACGGUUGCCCCCACCACAGGCUUAUUGGAGACCUUGGCCCUAG